UUCUUUUGCUGUGGGGGCAGAGAAAGUCUGACUCCCCUCUGUGUGAUGCACGGCAGAAUACAAAUAGGUCGCCGUGAAAAUGUGCUGCAAAUUAUGGGUGACUCAGGGGAACGCUGCAGGUCAUGUGUGAAGACAGGAGCAGAGAUGCACACAAGUGCGUGUUCAAAGACAUAUGUGUAGUUAGUACCUCAUUAUGAGACAAGCAUGCACCGAGGCGCACCAGUUCACAGAAGCAACAGUGAACUAACACGCAUCCGCAAACUGUAGUUUAUACCUGCUCAAUCUACCGGUUGAAAUCUGACUUUUAUUAUUAUUAUUAUUAUUAUUAUUAUUAUUAUCUGACUUUUUUUUAGUCCUUGUGUUUUGCAAGGCGAUCCCCCAGAAACGUAGUGGUAGUUUUUUUCUGUGGUUGUGAGAUGUGAGUGUUGUGACUGUGGGUGACACAGGGGAUGGACGGAGCGGAGCUGGGGGGCGCUCUGUUCUGCUCAGAGCAGGACGCAGGAGACGGUCGCUCUCCAAGGUUCUGAAAGUCAGGAGCGCUCCCUCCUCAGUCUCGUCUACUGGCGAUUAAUGCAAACCUCAACUGCAAAAUCCUCCAAUGACUGCCUUCAUCCAGAAGUGCUUUGCUUCCCCCCCCCUUUUUGCAUAAUCUUUCGUCUAAGUCAUAGUGGAUUUUUGUUUUACAAUGCAACCGUUGGAUGUACGCUCGCAUAUAUGCGCAACAAGACCGACAGCCGCUGACCAACCUGCACCAUUUGGAUAUACUGACUAUACUCUGGAUUCUCAAGGAACGCUAUACGGAGGAUUUUAAGCAGUUUUCUCUUUCCCCCCCCUUUUUUUUUUUUUUUUUUUGUAGCUCUGUGCGUCUGUGCCGCAUGCUGUUGGACGUGAACUGCGAUAUUGUCUCAGAAAGGUGAAUCGGAUGAGGGUAAUGAUGACACAGACCUACUUUUUCGUGAAUGUCACCGUCUUUGCAUUUGGAAAGAGCGAAGGAAAAAAAGGCUGAUCACUACUUGCUUUUAAACCCAUAACCCACGAGGAAGGAGGGGAACAAUAGUGUUUCGGGGAGCCUUGUGAAUCUAAUGCGUGGAUGAGAGUGAAGUUUCCAAUGGGCAAGGCGACUAUCUGAGAUCUGUUCCAGCAAUCCGUGCUCUGGAUUUUCUUGGCUUCACACAAAGAGGAUAUCAAGAUUAUUAUUAUUAUUUUUCUUUUAACCACGAACAUCUCUUUCGGAUACACGAUGACAGCAGUGAUAACGAUGAUGGCAAUGAUAAAGACCUGGUCGGAUCCGGAGAGAAUACCCGGAGCUUAGAGAUGUCAUCCACGCAGUCGUGUUGAAUGUGGAUGUUAACGCCGCGGGGAAGGAUGGGCCCUCUCCUCUCGGCCGCCUCCGUCCUCCUCCUGUUUCCCCUCCUGGCCCUGAGCGUCGCGUCUCCGGCCACGGUUGGCAACCCCGAGGAUUACGUCGCCGACGAGGCAGAGCGGACCGCCGCGGAUAACAUCGUCUUUGACGACUACAGGGGGAAGGGGUGCGUGGACGACAGCGGGUUCGUGUACAAGCUCGGGGAGCGUUUCUAUCCGGGACACUCAAACUGCCCGUGCGUGUGCACGGAGGACGGGCCCGUGUGCGACCAGCCCGAGUGCCCGAAACUGCACCCGAAGUGCACGAAAGUAGAGCACAAUGGAUGCUGCCCCGAGUGCAAGGAGGUUAAAAACUUUUGCGAGUACCGAGGGAAAACGUAUAAAAUCCUGGAAGAAUUCAAGCCGUCGCCCUGUGAAUGGUGCCGCUGCGAACCAAAUAACGAGGUGCACUGUGUGGUGUCCGACUGCGCUGUCCCAGAGUGUGUCAACCCUGUUUAUGAGCCGGAGCAGUGCUGUCCCAUCUGUAAACAUGGUCCAAAUUGCUUUGCCGGAACGACGAUCAUCCCAGCCGGAAAGGAAGUAAAGGUGGACGACUGCACCAUCUGCCGCUGCCACAACGGAGACUGGUGGAAGCCGGCGCAGUGCUUGCGGCGGGAAUGUCUCAACGGCCAGUCUUCAUAAAGAGAGACUCCACUGCGGAUGGUGAAUAAACUCAGGCGACGCUCUGCCUACUGCGCCAUUUUAUAUGAUUGACAGGGCAUGAGCACAAUUCCUACAACAACAAAAAAAAAAGAGUAUAAAGAAAACCAGAGACAGUGUAGAAUUGAAGAGAUGCUCUCACGAACUUCACACAAAUAAUUUUUUUUUUGUCAGUGAGAAGAUAAUGGAACUUGUCACACGGCUGUUCCCGCCCUGCAGUUUUACUCGGCCUAUAUAUUUUCAAAAGUUGACUCUGCUGCUUUCUCUCAGAAACUUUCUAAGCUUCUUGAACUCUUUCCUAUCCACCGGCAAUGUUGAACUGCUCAUGUCAAGUUUCUGUAUGUAUGUCAUCAGCUUGUUGUUACUAUAUGUUCUUCACGGCCACGCUGGUGUUGUAAAGUUCGAACAGCAAGAGGAAAAAAAAAAAAAAAAAAAAAAAUUAAAACACACUUUACUGAGCUUUUUUAUGUUCUCCUGGUUAUACUAGGAUUACCACUGCAGAUAAACUUGGGCUCCCCAACUUCCCUCCGAGAGCUUGUUUACAAAAGGCACAUUAACGUUUGUCUUCAUAAGACUUUUUAAAAUCAAUGUGGCUGUUGCUCAUCUCUACCCUGUCAAUGUCAUAUUUCAUAAAUCACAAAACCCAGUUUUUUUCUUUUCUUUAUUAGUAUCCCAUUACUUUGUGCCGUGUCUCUGUGUAAGAGCAGCACAAACUGAGGAGAUCAGCAUUACCACGUGUAGCUGAGGCGCAAGCAAGAUGGCAGCCACUGCAACCCUUUUGAUGAGCAGAAACUGCAGCCCUUCCUGACCAACUGGUUUCAUUGUUUGUUUGUUUUUUUUUUCAUUUCUCCGAGCUCCAGAUCCGCCAACUAACUAGCUGCUUGAACUUGUUAUCAAAGCACUUAGCGAGCCAAGAGCAGCCCGCUUUAAUUUUCCUUAAUCAGGAGUAUUCUGUAAUAAAUCAUCCAGCUGGGUGCUUGGCGAAGCCUGCUUGCUGGGCACAUUUAGCAUGAACCGGCACACAAAGGGGGGGAAUCUGCACAUGGUGAAAGCGCUUUUAAGCAGCAUUCACAAGUGUGAUGUCCAUGUGACGAUGCAGCCGUGUCAUUCAUCCACUGUCUCAAGACAUUUUUUCGUUCUGCACUCACUGAGGAGCAUUAACCACAUGCAUAAGGCGCGCCGAGAUACAGAGCUCUAAAAUGUAACACAGAUUUUCGUUCCGCUCUCUCUUAAAUGCACCAGAAUGUCUCAGCCAGUGUAGAGCAGCUGUGUGGCCAUCGCAAUAAAAAAACAGCAAGGCUAAUAUAUUGAAGUGCCUUACCAGGCACCAUAAACAUAAAAUCUUUCACUUGAUAAAUACUUCUCAUUAAUCCAAAGGUGAUUUUCCGUAUGCUCCCGCCAUUCAUCACAAAGAUUUUUUUUUUUCCCCGAGUUUCAAGAAAAUCUGUUUCCGUUAACCUUUUAAACCCCAUUCCUGUGCAGUGAUGGAUGAGUUGCUUAAUAGCAGCUUCUAGCCCUGUGUAAUGAGACAGCAAUGAACAGAGGAUUAAAGACCUGUGACUAAAGAGGUAUGUCACCUUAAAAGGCAUUAAAACUAAUUUUAGAAGGAUCCCAAAGUAUGGAUAUCUGCUGCAUGUCUUGAAACUUGAAAUUGGGUAAAGUUCGGUUUUAAAGAGGCUGUUAGGAAUCUUUGAAAUUUAUGUUAAAAGGUUUUAAGCAGCUAAUGUCUUACCAACAGCAAAGAAAUAUCUUUGCAUCGUCAUUUAGUGUAAACCCAGAUUAUUCAGUCACAGAGACUGAAGUUAACAAGAGACCCAACAUCAAAUUAGAUCACCUUCUUAAAACAAUUCUCAAAAACCUCAUUGCAGUUUAUGUAAUUGUUAUUUUAUGAAGCUUGAAAUCGUUAUUAUCAUCACUCUUGCAUUAUAUGGUUAUUUUCACAAAAGCCAAUGAGUAUUUAUGCAGGAAAUAAAGGAAAGAGAUUAGGUACCACCAAUAUUGUUCCUACAUGAAAUGUAAUGAAACAAAAGUAUUUCUGGUCCGAGUAAUUACCUAAUAGUAAAGUAAGCCCUGUAAAAAGUUAUGUAAAAAUGUUCACUUAAAUUUACAUGUUUUUGAUUUUUACUAUAGUUUUUAGUCUUUGGUAAAAUAGCACUUACACAAAUUACUACAAUGGUGAAGUUGCUUUACUGUUGGCCUGUCGUGUACUAGCCGUUACCUCGAGCCUUUGUGAUCGACCAAUCUGGGUUUACACUAAGUGAAGCUAACGUGAGCGUCAACUACGGUAGGUAAGAUUUCUGCUCAUAACUCAGUAAAAUAACCCCGUUUCAAAAAUCCAGGGUCAUCAACUUAAAUAGAUAAGAGAUUUUAGGUAAGAUUCUUUGAAGAGAUCAUCAGACUUCCACUGUAAAAGCCCAACAAGAUAUUGUAGUGAUUUUGCUGCAAAAUAUAAUUCUAUAGCUCUUCAAACAGCCUAUAGUGUCUUCACCUACUGUACAACAAUAAAAUGUGAUAUUAUGAAGACAAAUAGAGGAACAUUAAAGUUUAAUUAGGUAGAGUCAAUAAAAUGACUUUGUAUUUUUAUUUUAUUACUUGCAAUGUGUUUAAACUGAUAUCUACAGUCGCUGUAUGACAAGCUGUCAAAAAGGGAAUGGAAAAGGGCAAGAUAUAUAUAAAACCCUAAAAAUUACUUAAUCCACUCCCACAGCAUGAGAACCAACCUAGCUUUAAAAAUACAGCACAAACACCCAACAAUAUGCCAUUAUUUGCACCUCUUAAUACAUUUUUCUUGAGGUAAUUAAGUCCUCUGUGAUAUAAAAUACCUCACAGCUGUACCACAGGGGAUUAAUAUAGUUAUCUAAUCCCAUCAUCUCAAGUUGUACUUAAUUUUUGAUUUUAAGGCAUCGUUCAGUUGGUCUAUGCAGCAUUUUCCAAUUAUCUUUCUAGCUACACUGUCUCCUUUUGUUCACAGAUGCAGACGUCCCAGGGAAAUUAACUAGCUGGUGAAUAUGCUGUUUCUCUAAAUUGCCAAGUCUACUGGAGCUUAAGGCAGUGGUUUGUUUCACGUUAACUUGCUAAUAUAAAGCCUUCACUGAUAUCUACAGUCACUGCAACACAAGCAUCACCCGCUGUCAUGCAUUUUUAACAUUUGAAUCAAAAUGCAGUACAUCAUCUCAAUUUGAAAAACUGGGGAAAAGGCUAAAAUGCUGUCGUUUUAUACAACUGCCUCAAAAAUGGCUAAGAAAACUUAAAACCAGUCUCUUGUGAAACAGUAUGUAGUAAAUAUUAUAACUAAAAUUCCACAGUGCUGCAUCCUAAGCACAUUACCAAAACUGUCCCAUUUCAGGAAUCAGCUAAAAUGGCAGACUGAUUUUUUCUACAAACUCUCACAACAAUCUGUAUGACUUCAAAUAACAAUGCUAACACAACUUCACACACCUUUACUUUAAAAAAAAAAGUACCAUACUAUCUAAGAGCAACAACAGAGUUUGCAUCAUUUUCAUCUUUUAGCUGUUUUGAUUUAGUAUCUUUCGUUGUGCACAGACAGAGCUCAUCUAUCUGGCGAGAGGUCUGCAGGCUCAUAAAGCAACGCUGACACGAAUGGUUUAUCAGCUGCAGCCUCUGUGCUCCAGACAUUUCAGAAUUAUGAAAGGGAAUUCAUUCAUCAUAAUUACUUUAAAUGCCAUCUAAUUAUUCAGCUUUUAGAUGUGUCCAAAACAGGGAGGAAAAAAAGAAAAUGCUAGGAUUACAGGUCAAAGCCGAGACUGACUGAACAGAAAGAAAGAGAGUUCAAACUGACAGCACCGCAUACUGUAUGGACAGGACUCAAAGGCUACGCUGCCACCACAGAUGCCUUAUUGCUACUGUUCCAGAUAAGAUUCACAAAGUAUGGCCUUUGGCAAACACACAGACUGAACAGCUCUGGACUUUUCUAAGUGCUGGCUUGUAUCAUUCCUCCUUGCUGUGAUUCACUGUUAGAUUUUACCCCCAAAACUAUUCAUUGUUUUAUCCUCCGACGUUCUAGAAACAGCCAGUGGGUUCAACACGAGUACAAGGACAAGAGCAGUUCAUUCACAGCCGAAACUCAAGAGGCUGGAUCUAAAAAUACACAGGCAUUUGAUAAAGGUAAAAAGGGAGAGAGAGAGAGAGAAUGAGAGAGAGA